CCCCCGUCUCUCUCCCUCCCUUCCUCCCUCUCGCAACUCGCAACAGUCCCCAGAAGGAGAGAACCCCAAAGUCCAAAGCUUGGAAGCAAAAAGAAGAAGAGAAGGAGAAAAUUAGAUGAUGAUGAGCCUCUUGACUCACCUCCUUCUCCUUCCUCUUCUCCUCCCGGGUUGUUUGUCAGAUCCGAGCGACGAGCUGUGCCUGACCCACCUGAGCGAGUCCCUGGAGGACCCGGCGAAGUCGCUCCAGAACUGGACCAAGUCCACUUUCGCCAACCCAUGCUCCGGAUUCACCUCCUACCUGCAAGGCGCCACCUGCAACAAUGGCCGCAUCUACAAGCUCUCCCUCACCAACCUCUUUCUCCGCGGCUCCCUCUCCCCCUUCCUCUCCAACUGCACCAACCUCCAGGCCCUUGACCUCUCCUCCAACUUCCUCACCGGCCCCAUCCCCUCCGACCUCCAGUACCUCGUCAACCUCGCCGUCCUCAACCUCUCCUCCAACCGCCUCACCGGCCAGAUCCCCCCUCAGCUCACAUUGUGCGCUUACCUCAACGUCAUCGACCUUCACGAAAACUUGCUCUCCGGCCCUAUUCCUCAGCAACUCGGUCUUCUCGUUCGCCUCUCCGCUUUCGAUGUUUCCAAUAACCGCCUCUCCGGUCCCAUACCCUCCUCGCUUGCGAACCGGAGUAGCAAUUUGCCGAGAUUCAAUGCCAGCUCCUUUCAAGAAAACAAGGACCUCUAUGGCUACCCUUUGCCGCCUUUCAAGAACAAAGGGUUGUCGGUGAUGGCCAUUGUUGGGAUCGGAUUGGGCAGUGGAUUCGCUAGCCUGGUGCUCAGUUUUACAGGGGUGUGUAUAUGGCUCAAAGUUACUGAGCGCAAGAUUGCUCUCGAGGAAGGCAAAAUUAGUCAGCUUAUGCCUGAUUAUUGAGCUCCCUAAAACCCUCCAACUUCUUUCGAGGUGUAUUUUGGAUGAUUGAGCUCAAUCAGAUUGAGAUUUUCAGGUAUGUUUUUUUUAUAUAUAAAUAUAUAUAUCUAUAUAUAUAAGGUUUGGGCUACUCCUUUUGUAUUUCUCUUCUAAUGGGUUUUUUCCUUUUUC